UACACAGAGCUCACAGAAGCCACUUGGUGCGACCGUCCCCUCACCCAAUCACUUUGCGACACGCAACCCAGCACUCCGCUUCGUUCGGGGUCCGUACCAAUCCCGUAGCUCCAUUGGUUUCUCCGGGAAGAGAUACUACGCGCCCCCCGAAUCUAGAUUCGGCAAAAAUUCCUUCUGCCUUUGGCUCCAAUACGACGGCCGAGCAGCCUCUCUCUCAACACCGUUUACUUCCUUCUCGAGGAAGCUACUCCUCAACACCGUAAUUCUCAUCGAUUCGCAUCUGUCGGCUAUCUUCUCGGACGUUUCUUCUUGGUGAGUAUUCUUCUGGCUUAUCCACCUUUUAGAUUCAGUUCGCGUAGAUCUUUUUUCCCGUUUUCUGAUUGUUCGGAUUUCGUUAAUGGAGUCUCGCGUUUCCGCUUCAUAGUGUUUUGGAUUCGGUUUUCGUUUUAUUUUUCACUCGGUUUGUUCCGUUUCUCUGGUUCGCUUCAAAGCGUUACUAAGUUUAGAGCACGGGAAUGUUACUGAAUCAGUGCCUAUGGCGGAUGUAGCGGUAGAUUAUGAUUUUUGAGCUAUGGUGAGUGCGGUGGCUGGCUGGAAAUUGAAAUUUCGUCGAGUGAUACUCUGAUAUGUAAAUUAUAACCUUGAAGGUAUUUCAGAUUUGAAUUCUGAAUGGUUAUGGAGUUUGUUGUGAUUCGUCGCCGUCCGACGACUUUUGGUUGCCUUUUAAUGGAAGUGUUCUGUGAGAUUGCGUUCCAGAGAAAGAGCGUUAUAGGGGUCUGGUUUGAAGCUAAUAAUCUCUAGCUGACCAUAAUUGAGUUGAAGGAGUUUCCAUUUGGGAACAUUUUUUUUUUCCUUCUAUCAGAUUCCGCCCAAGCAUGGAUUUUCUUACAAGUUGCUCUUUCCAUUUUUGCAAUUGGCUGUCUUUUCUCGAUGAUUUCCUCCAAACUAUGAGAAAUUUAGGUGCUAACUUACUAUAUAACAUGUUGUGCAGCUGUAGUUAGUAAAAAGAAAGCGGUUCCUCCAUCCACAGGGGGACUGGAAAUGGUGGAACCUUGCAAGCCUGUCAAAAGCAGCCAUGGGCUAAAACAUCGUCCCCUGACUUCUCUUAGGCUAGUGAGGGGGUUGAUAUGUUUAGUAGUUUACCUGUCGACUGCGUUCACGUUCCUAGUCUACUUUGGGCCUGUUGCAGCAGUAUUGCCGAGGCUUGUAAGCGUGCACGGUUCGAGAAAAGUAACGUCCUUCUUGUUCUCUCUCUGGUUAGCAUUGUGGCCGUUCUUGUUUGAAAAGAUAAAUGGAACUAGAGUUGUAUUUUCUGGGGAUGUGGUGCCCGAUAAAGAGCGAGUUUUGGUACUAGCAAAUCAUAGGACCGAGGUUGAUUGGAUGUAUCUGUGGAAUCUUGCGUUGAGGAAAGGAUGCCUAGGGUAUAUAAAGUAUGUUCUGAAGAGUAGUUUGAUGAAGCUGCCAAUAUUUGGUUGGGGGUUUCAUAUCUUGGAGUUCAUAUCGGUGGAGAGGAAGUGGGAAGCUGAUGAGCCUGUGAUGAGAAAAAUGUUAUCGACGUUUAAGGAUCCUCGAGAUCCUUUGUGGCUUGCUCUUUUCCCUGAAGGAACAGAUUUCACUGAAGAGAAAUGCCAGAAGAGUCAAAAGUAUGCCUCUGAAGUUGGGCUUCCAGUAUUGACAAACGUCCUUCUGCCUAAAACAAAGGGGUUUUAUGUUUGCUUGGAAGUUCUGCAGAACUCCUUGGAUGCAGUUUACGAUUUGACUAUUGCAUACAAGCAUCAAUGUCCUACUUUUUUGGACAAUGCGUUUGGGGUGGAUCCUUCAGAAGUUCACAUUCAUGUUCGGCGCAUCCCAAUGAAGAAUAUCCCGACAACUGAAGACGAGGCUUCUGCUUGGCUAGUCGAGACAUUCCAACUGAAGGAUCAGUUGCUUUCAGAUUUCCAAACUGAGGGACAUUUCCCAGGCGAAGGAACCGAAAAAGAACUUUCUACUUUGAAAUGCUUGGUGAAUUUUGCAGUAGUAAUAUCUUUGACUGCAAUGUUUACUUAUCUUACAUUCUUCCGGUCGAUUUGGUUCAAGGCUUAUGUAAGUCUAUCUUGUGCAUAUCUUGCUUCAGCUACUUGUUUGAAUUUUCGUCCAACCCCAAUCUUCGAUUCUGUUCAAACCAUGUUUACUGCCAAAAGAAAAAAAGAAAUGAAAUGAUCAAUAUCAUAGGGAUAGUGACAAAGAUUGAAAGGUUCUUCUGUGAUCUGGAAAAAUGGAUCUUAAGUUUCGCCCUGGAUGUUUCCUUUUCUCUUGCUGAAUAUAUCAAUUUGGGAGAAAUACCUCUUGGUUGCAUUAAUUCCAUGCAUACUGGCCACUGUUCAGAGUGUAGCACAUGAUCCUUGUUAGUUUGACGAAAUAUUGUACCAGAAUGCUUUGAGUAUAUUAUAGAUGCAAUCACUGACCCAUAAGUCUCAAUGUGAAACUGAUUGGUCCAAAGUUAUCUAUGCACAAGUCCGUAGCCAAUAUUUGUGCAGGAGAGAAGUGCAUCAGAGGAGCCAAACCUUGAGCAUUGAAGCAGAGGACUAACAAGGAAGGGAUGGUUUCAGCGUUGAAAUCACCAUUCCUACAGGCUCCAGGUUCGUCGUCAUUGUGACUCGUAAGUAAAUUUACUAGGCACUUCUGGUUUUUGGAUUCAAUAAUGCCUAAAAUGUGUCUCCUUGUUGCAUAGCUGCUUCCCUAUUAUCAUUUUGGUCCAUUGUCUUUCUUUUUGAGGCCCCCUACAAGUUGGGAUGAUGUCGACAAGGGGACAUGGAUAAGAACAGUUGGAACAGAUAAGGUAUUUGUAGUGUGACUUUUCAGGUGUUAGAAAAUAGAAGUUGAUUGAUUUUGUCAAAAGAGAAGGUAAAAAGAAGAAAGUAGUUAGUUGGCUCUUUUUUGAGGGUAUAGAAAAUCAAAGCCAAGUACCCAAAUUAAAGAGAAGAAAAAUGGAACGGGAGGUGAGGUAGUUAGUUGGCUCUUUUUUUAGGGUAUAGAAAAUCGAAGGCAAGUACCCAAAUUACUAAAAUGGUCGGGCUUUUUCCAGUUUCUUUCAUUUUCCAAUUUGUCUAUCUCUGGCUUUUGCGUGUAUUAGGUUUCCGGGAUGCUUUGAUUGUCUUUUUGUUAUGCCUAGGUAAUGUGCUAGAACCGGAUGAAUCAAGCUAGAAAAUGCUGCUGGCGUGUGUGGCAGGUCCAUUUCCUUUGUCGUUCUGAUCUUAUGCCUGUUCUUCACUGUUUGCUUCUUCAUCCCUUUGAUGCCGAACCUUAACUAGUUAACACAUUUUCUUCUGUUUAAGUUAUGUUAGUAAUCAACCCUUGUGAUGGUCGGUGGCCGAUCUCUGAUCUAGGCUAAUAGAUGGUUGAAUCAUAAUUUGAUGAAGAAUCCAGAUCUCUGGAGUGUACAGGCAAGCUUCUCCAUUAUCUUCUGCUGAUAAUGACGUUUGGUUGAUCUAAGAGCAUAUGAUUAACUAGGCAUAUUGUUUUGGAGAGAUUAGUAAAACACUGCAUUGGUUGAAGGCAGAGCAGAACACGUGCUUUGUUGGUGAACCCUGUUUGGGAAGUGUGUGAAGGGUUGGGUUGGGAGCUGGGGUGUUCACCACGUGAAAGCUCUCUGGGGGACUUGCAUUUGCAUGCAAGUUGCAGCUAAUUGUGAAUUUAACAUGGGUCUGGUUUCAGCAGUUUUGAAUUUGAAUCUGUCAUUAGUGUGGAUUCCGACAUCCAUAAGCAGCCAGCCAAGCCAACAGCUACAGCACCUGGCUUGACUGAUGCCCUGCUGCCCUGAAUUUCUGAGCUGCGUGGGGAUGGAUGGAUACUCACGUGGCUUGAUACUCUGAUGUUCUUCACUUGAAACCUUUUUUCUUAUUACUUGAGCUGCAGCAGCAGUUUGUCCCAUCUCAAUGAUAUUCACUUGUCACUAAGCUAAUAGAAAAUGGUGGCGACUGACAUGUUUUUCUUCCCUAACACUCGUUGUUAUGGCAUUGUUAUCAUUUAUUGUUUUUGUACCUUUCAUGUCGAACGCCAAUGCAUGGGCUCGAGUGGUGAUAGGUUACCAAGAUGGUAAUGGGUGAGGGGGUGGUGUUUACACUAAACCAAAAUAUAAUUUAGUGGGUGUA